AUCACGUGAAAUAUGUUCGUAUCUGCAGCCUUUUCACACGAAAGUAAACAUUUAUAGUCACGGUCCCUCCUUACUCCGCGUGUAUUACAAGCCGAGAAUUUCCCCAACAAAUCCAAUUUAAGGAGAAGAAAGGAGAAUUCCCACAACAAAAUGAUAAUUCAGUACUUAAGCAAAUUAGGAAAUAAGAGUGUCGUCCUCGCCAGUUCCUCACCUCGAAGGAAGGAAAUUCUACAGAAUAUGGGAUUAAAAAUAACCAUUGAGCCUUCAAGCUUCAUAGAGAACUUGGACCCCAAUAGUUUUGAUCAUCCCAAGGACUAUGUGAUAGCUACGGCCCAGGGAAAGGCACAGGAGGUAGCCAAAAGGUUAAGCACGCCUCAGUCUUCCCCAGACUUUGUCAUAGGGGCUGAUACCUGCAUCACUUUGGAUGGCACUGUUUAUGGCAAGCCCAAAGACAGAGAUCAUGCCUUCAGUAUGUUGAGCAAUCUCAGUGGAAAGAGUCAUGAAGUGCUCACAGGCGUGUGUUUGAUGGUCCACAAAGGGCAGGAAUGGCAGGAGGUUAACUUCAGUGAGACGACCACUGUCAGUUUUGCGACAUUGUCACCCCAAGUUAUCAAUGCUUAUAUUGAUACUGGAGAACCCAUGGACAAGGCUGGUGGUUAUGGCAUUCAGGCUCUUGGAGGAAUGUUAAUAGAAGGAAUACAAGGCGAUUAUUAUAAUGUAAUGGGAUUUCCUCUUCAUAGGUUUUGCCAGUCAUUGGUUCCUGUGCUAGAAGAAAUGUUUUCGUAGUAUGCUGGCAUGUAUAAAUGUUUCCUCUUUUAUGUUAAUUUAUACUGAUGGUUGUAAAUGUUUAAAGAAAUGUGUCCUACAUUUUAGAUAUAUUUGUUUUAAUUACUACUUCAUAUGAUUGAAGAGUAAAGAUCUAUAGGUCAGUUCAAUCAAAUAUUCCUUAUAGUGAAGAUAAAAACAAGUUGAAUUUGGUGUUGCAUUUGGACUUGUGAUAUUUAUAUGAGAUCAAUAUGAUUUAUAGUUAUACUUUGAAAAAAAACAAAAAAAUUCCUUUGUCUGUUUUAUCUUUUCUUUUCUUGUAAAGAAUGUAUUAUGUGCAGGGAUAUUUAAGUGAUGAAUGGAUGAUAUGAAUAAAGCAUUUCAAUGUU